AUGGGUGGUUUGUGGGCUGGUGGCAUGUGUGUGUGGGUGGAUGUGGACCUUGUUGUUGUCGAGGAAAUGAAUAUCUUGACAACAGUCUUUCUUCGAUACGACAACCUGAAGAUAUAUUAUCCCAACAACAUACUGGCCACCAUACUAAUUAUGAAUUUUUACAGGAGUCCAGAUAUGGGAGAAGGAAUUGACUUCUAUAUUCAUGUUGAAACACCGGUUGGGAAACUAGCACUCAUGAAGGAAAGAAUACUACGGUACGUAGACAACAAGAAAGAGCAUUGGUACCCAAGGGCGAUGGUUGUCCUCCGGGAUGUGGAUGAGACCAACAAGCUGAAAGUAUCCAUAUGGCUCUGUCACACGCUCAACUUCCAGGACAUGGGGAUGAGGUACGUGAGGAGGGAGCUGGUGCUCCAGGAGAUGAUCAAAGUUCUCAAGGACCUUGACAUUGAGUAUCGGAUGCUACCACUGGACGUGAAUGUGCGGAAUGCGCCUCCUAUUGAAUCCACAAGGAUGCCAACAACAUGGAAUUAUUCCUGA